AUGAACACAGCACCACAUGGACCCGGUAGGGGUCCACCUUGGAACCCCCACCAAGCAUCGUAUGCUUCUGGUGGACCUCCAUCCGGAACCUCUGCUCUGGGUUUAACAUUUAACGAAGCGGACAAGCCCAAAUCUUUGGAUGAUGAAGAGAGCCGCAUCCACAUUAACGAUCGUCUCGUCCGCGCCGCAGCCAGAAAUCACGAAGAGUCGAAGAGGCGAUUUUCCUACGACUAUCCUGUACCAAUUCGACGUCCUCCUUCCUGCCCUCCGCCUAUUGCCUCUCGUCCAGCUACAGCGCAUGCGCCGUCGUUUUUCCUUCCUGCUCCUCCGGCAGGGCAGUGGCCAUAUCCCAUGCCAGGACAGGCUUACGGGACGACGACUAACUACGCUGGAUACUCAGCGAACUCUGGAUCCGCAUACCAAAAUGCACACCACCGGCAUGCUAUCGCAAGUGCUCCCUUGGUGCCAGACCCAAGCUGGCCGAACCCUCCAGCUCGUCGGGCUUCCGUUCAGUGGCCACCUCAGGCCCCCAACCAAGCUAGUGCAUCUUGGGGUUUUCCUCGUAAUGCAGCAACUUUUGAACCGCCUGCUUUCAAUCCACAAGCAGCUCCAUAUCAUGCUCCUCCUCAAUACCUGGACUUGUCGUCCACGGCUCCUCGAUCAGCACCGGCAUACAACUUCCCCAGUUACGUUGUUCCAUCAGGACUCCAGUGGCCACCCGCUCCUUUCGUGCUGCUUCCUCCCUCAUUCCCCCAUCAGCCUUGCAAUCCCUACUGA